CGGGCUGCCCGGCGGGGCUCCGCGGGCGAGAGCGCUGCGCGGGUGCGGAGCCCCGGAGCCCGUCGGGGGGCGGCUCCGGCGGAGCGCGGGCGCGGAGCGGCUCCGGGGCAGCGGCGGGUCCUGCGUGCGGAGCCGCGACCCACAGUUAGCGCGGGGAGUUCAUUGCUGCGCAGCGUGCGGUUCGGUUUUACCGUCCAGCGAGCCGCGCUUAUUCACGAUUCUAAUAGCUGGAGCGUGCGUUUAAAUAAAAUGAGCCACUGCGCUUUCCCGCGGCUGCUUCCAUGAGGAAAACUUGUAUGUGAUUUAUGCAGUUUAAGUAAACUUUUCUGAGUGUUAAAUUGUGCUUGAGCCCAGUGAAUGGCCUCUAAAGGAAAUUAUUCACGGUAUACAGCUACUGUUGUUCGGACAUUUCAAAUAAUGAUAUAUUCUGUUUGUAUAAAGUUGUGAUUGCUAAAAUACAUGCAGUGAACCAAUAAACAGUUUAUUGGUCUGUAUCAAAUAUUAACAGAAAUUUUGUUCAGCGCGAUAUCAAAUCCACGCAUCCCUGAGCGCCGUUAAAAGCAGUGGCAGGAAUGGUUUAUUGUUUUGUCUCUCUUGUGGACUUCAUUAAUUUACUGAGAAUUUCUUCUCUCUGCAAUGCCAUCCAUGGAAGGGUCCCUCCCCUUCUUCUCCCCCAGUUUAUUGAGAAAGUAUGUCUAAAUUUCUUCGUGCUAGUCCACAUCUGUGUGUAUUAGGGCAAUGUGGUCCACAAAAGAUGGCAUACAUUUAAAUUACUAAUUCUGUGUCUAAAGUAAUGCUUCUUAGAUAGUUUCAUACAUUUAGCAUUGCAGUGUUUUGUUACUUGUUGCUUCAGACAGGAUAAAGUCUUUCUCAUCGUCCUUUUUAACGUGGGGAAACUGUUUCCAUUCUGUAAUAAAGUUGAAUUUUUUAUUUCUGCUUUGAAAUUGAAGGCAUCGUGUGCCCUCAGAUGUAACACAAGCGACUAAGAAAGACUCGCAGUACAAAUGCCUUGAAAAUAAUCAGUACUCGUAACGUUGGAGGCAUUCCAGAAACUUUUUAAGCAUGUUUUGAAAAUGUACUUGAAAUGGUACAGCAGCUGAUAACUUGACUAAUUGUUCUAACUUAAAACUCUUAAUUUAAAAAAAAAAAAUCUAAAUUUAUGGUGUAAAAUUGAAUUGUGUAGUUACAGACUCAAACUGUCCACGUAAUUCUUGUGCCUCUUCUACUCACCCACCAACAGGUCAAAACAUUUGGCUAAAUAACAAGUGGUGUAUGCUUUUGGUUUUACGCUCAUCGAUUUGUUUUGCUUUACUUUGCUUAGCCCACUCCCCUCAGCUCAUUUUCUUUUAAAAUAGUACAUGGAGACUCGAUUCCCAUGACUCGCUAAUCUUAUCACCAUUAUUUGGUUGAAAUUUUUGAAACGGGUUCCUGUUUCAAAUACCUCACAGCAUUGGCAGCCUUCGGUUCCAUUAGAAAAGCUUCAUUAGGGAGAAAUAAAAAUGUUGUUGAUAACUCCCCCUCCAACAAUAAGCCCCGUAUUCAACUCCACGGUGUGUGCGGAUAUGCCUUGAAUUAUAAGAAGGAAUUAAACUCAGGUAUAAGGAAAUGCUAGAUCUAGUGAUAUCACCCAGUCUGACUGUAAAUAGAGAGUGCCCUGACAGACUGAAGCUUAACCUUUCUCACAUUUAUGCCACAGCUCCAGAUGACAUAGAAGGCAGCAGCAAAGCAGCACCGCAGUGUCCUCUCCAUCUGUACACCACAAAACAUUAUCCCCAUAUAGUGGCAGUCCCGUCCUUCCCCACGAUGGCAGCCUAUGGACAGGCUCAGUACAGCACGGGAAUCCAGCAGGCUGCUGCCUACACUGCCUAUCCCCCCCCGGGGCAGCCCUACGGAAUCCCCUCCUACAGCAUUAAGACAGAGGACAGCCUGAGCCACUCUCCAGGGCAGAGUGGCUUUCUCAGCUACGGCUCCGGCUUCAGCGCGCCCGCGGCGGGGCAGGCGCCCUACACCUACCAGAUGCACGGCACAACAGGGAUUUACCAGGGAGCCAACGGGCUGACAAAUUCUGCAGGAUUCAGUGCUGUGCAUCAGGAAUAUUCCUCGUAUCCCAGCUUCCCUCAGAGCCAGUACUCUCAGUAUUACAGCUCGUCCUACAACUCCCCGUACGUGUCUGCCAACAGCAUCAGCCCCUCGGCCAUCCCCACCUCCACCUACUCCCUGCAGGAGUCUUCCCACAACAUCACCAGCCAGAGCACAGAAUCACUCUCUGGGGAAUAUUCAACAACACCAGCAAAAGAUGUAGAGACAGACAGACAUCACAGAGGGUCGGAUGGCAAGGUACGAGCCCGCUCAAAAAGAAGCAACGAUCCUUCCCCUACUGCUGACAGUGAGAUUGAGCGUGUGUUUGUAUGGGAUUUGGAUGAGACGAUAAUUAUUUUUCACUCCUUACUCACGGGAACCUUUGCAUCCAGAUAUGGGAAGGACACCACAACGUCUGUGAGGAUAGGUCUCAUGAUGGAAGAAAUGAUCUUCAACCUUGCAGAUACACAUCUGUUCUUCAAUGACCUGGAGGACUGUGACCAGAUCCACAUAGAUGAUGUAUCAUCAGAUGAUAAUGGUCAGGAUCUGAGCACGUACAACUUCUCUGCAGAUGGCUUCCACAGCUCCACUGCCAGUGCAAACCUGUGCCUGGGCUCGGGCGUUCACGGCGGAGUGGACUGGAUGAGGAAACUGGCGUUCCGCUACCGCCGGGUCAAAGAGAUGUACAACACCUACAAAAACAAUGUGGGGGGUUUAAUAGGAGCUCCUAAGAGGGAGACCUGGCUGCAGCUGAGAGCAGAGCUGGAGGCGCUGACUGAUCUCUGGCUCACGCACGCUCUGAAGGCGCUCAAUUUGAUACAUUCCCGGCCCAACUGUGUGAAUGUGUUGGUCACCACCACUCAGCUUAUACCAGCUCUGGCUAAAGUGCUACUCUAUGGGCUGGGCACUGUCUUCCCCAUUGAAAACAUUUACAGUGCAACAAAAACAGGGAAAGAGAGCUGUUUUGAAAGAAUAAUGCAGAGGUUUGGAAGGAAAGCCGUGUACAUUGUAAUAGGAGAUGGUGUUGAAGAGGAACAGGGAGCAAAAAAGCACAACAUGCCCUUCUGGAGAAUCUCUUGUCACGCUGACCUGGAAGCUCUUCGGCACGCCUUGGAACUUGAAUAUUUGUAGCAGACCCCAACAUCUUAGCACUGGGAGGGCUUCACUCAGACUCUUACAUCGGUUCCAGCUAUUCCUCAAUGUUUUCUUAGUAAAAAAAAAAAAAAUCCCACAGCAACUGCAGUUUUUCUUUUUUUUGAAGGAGAACCCUUUCAGUGGAAGCCUUUAAGAACUUGCAGCCAAAGAAUAUUGUCUCAAGUCCUCCUUCCUUUGGAGAGAGGAAAAUGCUCCUGCUCAGUCGCUGGGAUGCUGCAGUUGCUGGCUAAGGUGGAGGCACAGAGCUCUAAUGGCCUUUUUGCCAUCAACAAGGCAAAUGCUACAAGUCUGGGUCUCCCUGUCAGCGUUCUUGGUUUUGAAGGGGAAGAGGACACAGCAAAGAGUCUCUGCACAAUCCAUCACAUCACACAGGACCUUCAGAAAAUAGGAGUGAAACUGUUGGUUUUUUUUUUGGUUGUUUUGUUUCUUUUUUUUUUUUUUUUUUUUUUUUUGUAUUUUUUUAAUUUAUGAACUAAUCUCAUUACUCUGGUAUUAAGCUCUGUACCUGUUUUUCAUCUGGCUUUGGGGGUUGGGGGGGUGGGGAAAGCCUUACUGUUCUAAAUUAAUAGUUCAUUUCUCCAGAACAAACUCUGGGGAGAAUCAUAUUGUGUACAUGAGUAGUAAGGACACAUGGUACUGCUGGUAAGAACUCUGGCUGUGGUUUUGAACCCUACCAAGAGGGUACAUGGACUGUGCCUGUGUCUACACGGUGCCUUAUGCUGCCAUCUUGGGGCUGAGGAUGGGGGAAAGUACCUUGUGAUGAGUGAAAGGCAUUAAAUAAAAACAUGUUUACAUUUUG